CCCAAACAAGGAUUUCCCAUUCCCAACCCCAGGGAGGCUGUGAGGAAGAGGAAGAUGCCCUGGGACACUGAGGCAGAGCAGGAGCUGAGCAUGGAGAGCAGGGAGGACAAAUGCCCGCGGCAGAACCUGGUGGCAGAGGCUGUUUUGAGCGGCUCCAUGGCACAGGAAGCCAACGGGGAGGAAAAGUCCCAGAGAUGCCGCACGAGGAGGGGCUGCAAACACAGCUGGCGGGGAUCUGAGGGGGAAAGAGCCAGCCUGGGCCAGGAAGGCGGCCGGAGAUGGAGCCAGAGCUCGGAGUUUGUGCUCCAUGGAAAGCUCCUUGAUGGGGAGAAGCCUUUCUGCUGCCCCGACUGCAGGCAGUGCUUCAGGCACAACCCCCAUCUUGUCAUGCACCGACAAAUCCAUACUGGGGAGAGGCCCCAUGAGUGUGAGGAAUGUGGGAAGAGCUUCAGUCGGAGCUCAACCCUGAUCAGGCACCAGAGGACCCACACUGGGGAAAGGCCCUAUGAGUGUGGGGAGUGUGGGAAGAGGUUCAGACAGAGUUCCAACCUGAUUCAGCACCGGAGCAUUCACGCUGGGAAACGGUCGCACAGGUGUGGGAAAAGUGGAAAGAUCUUCAGGCAGCAUUCCUACCUGAUCCAUCACCAAAAGGUCUACACUGGGGAGAGGCCCUACGAGUGUGAUAAAUGCAGGAAGAGGUUUCAGGCCAGCUCCCAUCUCCUCCAGCACUAUUGGAUUCACACAGAGGAGAGGCCCUUCCAAUGCCCCGACUGUGGGAAGGGGUUCAGGGACAACUCCACCCUCGUCAGACAACGGCGCAUCCACACUGGAGAAAGGCCCUACAAGUGUCCCCAGUGUGGGAAGAGCUUCUCACAAAGCUCUCACUUGAACAAACACCAAUGGAGGCACCACUAACGGAAGCCCUGUGAGUGCCCCAAGUGCAGGAAGAGCUUUGUGUGCUGCUCCAGCUCCAUCCCCCACUGGAGGAGGCACUUUGGGCACAGCCCUUGUCACUCACAUUCCCUGUGAUCCAUGUUGGAACACACUUGGCUGCUUCUCCUUUUGGUUUGACCUUAAUUUUCUUCUGCUUCAUCUUCAUCCC